CAUUGCAGCCCUUCAACCCGGACUUUGUGUUGAAAGUAGCUGCUAGUCCUGAAGCUCAUGCCCCCUCCGCAGGGCAGGAAUAUUCUCAGAUGUUCAAGGGCAAGAGCCUCGCAGUUUUGACUUCUGUCCUGGUUACAGUGACAUGUGUGGUGAUUUACCUCGAAUGGCGAGCCGUGCAAGACAUACGCAAGGGUCUCUCCGGCACCGAGCUGAAGUCUUUGUUCGCCAAGGGUCGCCAUGCGCUGCUGCACCGCAUGGUGAUCUCAGGGGGACACUCCUGGGGCGGCCCUGCGGCUGACACGCGAGGACCUGGGCCCCCGGCUCCUGCUGCUCCCGCCGCUCCCGCCUUGCGUGGCGCCUCGGGAGCCUCCACCACCGUUCUGAGCGUGGCGGGGAGCGACGUGGAGCUCAGGCCUGACCUGAGAAUCUCCACAGAGCUUCCUAGUUUUCCCACGCCACGCGAGGUGCGGCACCCCUCGUGCAUCCGAGACUUUGAUUUGCAGACCUUGCCACGAGCAUCCUUAGUCAUUCCUUAUCUCAAUGAAACCUGGGCGCAAAUCAGCGCCACAGUUGCGUCUUUGGUUGCCCAUAGUCCUUUGGAAGUUGUGGAUGAGAUUCUCUUCAUCGAUGAUGGCAACGCACCAGAAUGGCAGCAUCACCAUGAACUUUUAUCUUUGCAUCCCAAGGUCAAGGUGCAUCGCAAUGAAGUGCGACAGGGACUCAUCCGAGCCAAGGUGAUUGGGGCUGCUCUGAUCGACAGCCCAGUGAUCAUCUUCAUGGAGCCUCACUGCGUGGUCUCGCGGCAGUGGUUGGAGCCGCUGCUGGAGCAGUUGGCCCUGUCGAAAGAUCAUCGGACCUUGGUGAUGCCAACCCUGGACAUCAUCCCUGAGAAUAACUUCAACCAGUACUUGCCAGCCAAUCACCACAUCGGUGGCUUUGACUGGACCUUGACCUUCGGCUGGAAGGACCUCAUCGAGAAGCGAAACAGCUCGUACACCUAUCCAGAUCCCUAUCCGACACCAGCUCUUUCCGGUGGCAUCUUUGGGAUUUGGAAAGACAACUGGGAGCAGAUGGGGACCUAUGACAUCAACAUGACCGAAUGGGGUGGUGAGCAUAUUGAGAUGUCACUUCGGACCUGGCGCUGCCAUGGGCGCAUCUUGGUGGUGCCCUGUUCACGCAUGGGACAUGUCUUCCGGGCAAAGAACCCCUACAUUGUCCAUGUGCCAGAGGUGAUGAAAAACACCAAGAGAGCAGCGCUGGUGUGGCUGGAUGAGCAUUUAGAGGACUAUUACAAGAAGGUUCCCUAUGCUCGCCAGAUCCAGGCUGGAGAUGUGUCGGAGCGGAUCAAGCUCAAGGAGUCCUUGGAAUGUGAAUCUAUGGACUGGUACAUGGACAACAUCUAUCCAGAGCUGCGAGCCGAGCUGACGCCGAAACCUCAUCAUCUGCGAACCGCGCACCAUUGAUGCGCUGAAAAAGU